AAGAAUUGUCAGGAGUUAGAGUCUCCAAUAACAAAACUCAGAGACCUUUUUGCUUUCUGAACUCUUAACCAUCCAAAGUCAUGAGAAGUCCCUUUAAAAAAAAAAAGUGAAAUACAGUAUUGUGAAUCUUGAAAUCUGAAACCGAGAAACAGAAUUGCAGGGGAAAGAAGGAGGAAAACCUUGAACUCUUCCAGACAAUUGCUUCCAGGGGAGUUUCAGAAAGAAAAAAGAAGAAGCAAAAAGCAGAGGGGAACUUUGAAUGGCUUAUUUGUGAGGAGAUUCCAGGAACUUUCUGAAGACAAUUCUUUCCCCUUUUCUGGAUAUAAUGGCUAUUGUGGAGCAAAGAGCCCUUAGGAUUGGCUUCAAGUGUCUCUCUUUAGCUACUUUUGUGCUUGCCUGUGCUGGACAAGGUGGAAAUAGGGAGAAUGGGGGUCCUGCCUGCUAUGGAGGAUUUGACCUAUACUUCAUUUUAGACAAAUCAGGAAGUGUCCUGCACCACUGGAAUGAAAUCUACUAUUUUGUGGAACAUCUGGCCCAUAAAUUCAUAAGCCCUCAACUGAGGAUGUCAUUUAUAGUUUUCUCAACUAGAGGGUCGACUCUGAUGAGGCUAACUGAAGACAGAGAACAGAUUCGCCAAGGCUUAGAAGAGCUACAAAAAGUCCUGCCUGGAGGAGACACGUACAUGAAUGAAGGGUUUCAAAGGGCCAAUGAGCAGAUUUAUUAUGAAAAUAUUCAAGGCUACCGGACUGCUAGUGUCAUCAUUGCUCUGACAGACGGAGAACUCCAUGAAGAUCUUUUCUUUUAUGCAGAGCAAGAGGCUAACAGAUCUCGAGACCUAGGUGCAACUGUCUACUGUGUUGGGGUGAAAGAUUUCAAUGAAACUCAGCUGGCUCGAAUUGCUGACAGCAAGGACCAUGUGUUUCCUGUAAAUGAUGGCUUUCAAGCUCUGCAAGGGAUAAUAGACUCAAUUUUAAAGAAGUCAUGCAUUGAAAUUUUAGCAGCUGAGCCUUCCAGCAUAUGUGCAGGAGAAUCAUUUCAAGUGGUGGUGAGAGGAAAUGGAUUUCGUCAUGCCCGCAAUGUGGACAGAGUACUCUGCAGCUUCAAGAUCAACGACUCCGUCACACUUAACAAGAAGCCUUUUACUGUGGAAGAUACUUACUUGCUCUGUCCAGCCCCCAUCUUGGAAGAAGUUGGCAUGAAAGCUGCACUCCAGGUCAGCAUGAAUGACGGCCUUACUUUCAUCUCAAGCUUUGUCAUCAUCACCACCACACAAUGUUCUGAUGGUACCAUCCUGGCCAUCGCCCUGCUGAUCCUCUUCCUGCUCUUGGCCCUGGUUCUUCUCUGGUGGUUUUGGCCCCUCUGCUGCACAGUGAUUAUCAAAGAGCCUCCUCCACCCCCAGCAGAGGAAAAUGAUGAAGAAGAAGAUGAUGGAUUACCUAAGAAAAAGUGGCCGACAGUAGAUGCUUCUUAUUAUGGCGGUCGAGGAGUUGGAGGCAUUAAGAGGAUGGAGGUUCGGUGGGGAGAAAAGGGAUCCACAGAAGAAGGAGCCAAGCUAGAAAAGGCCAAGAAUGCCCGCGUCAAGAUGCCAGAGCAAGAGUUUGAAUUCCCCGAGCCUCGAAAUCUCAACAACAACUUACGUAGGACCUCUUCUCCCAGGAAGUGGUAUUCUCCAAUAAAGGGAAAACUGGAUGCCUUCUGUGUCCUGGUACGGAAAGGUUAUGACCGGGUGUCAGUGAUGCGCCCACAGCCUGGUGAUACGGGACGGUGCAUCAAUUUCACUCGAGUAAAGAACCAGCCUCCCGCCAAGUAUCCGCUCAACAACGCCUAUCGCCCCCCUUCUAUGCCUCCUGCCCCCAUUUAUACUCCCCCACCACCUGCUCCCCUCUCCACUCCCCCACCCCCUACUUCCCCCACACCCCCAACGCCAAACCCACCUUCCACACUUCCUCCGCCCCCUCAUGCCCCACCCCCCAACCGAGUGCCACCUCCCUCUCGCCCCCCACCUCGGCCUUCUGUCUAGAAUUCAGACUUCAUCCUUUCUGCUAUCUUUGAUGCCUUGGGAAGAAGCCCCUCUACAGUAUUAUAGCAUACAUCUUUCAAAUCAAAGAGAGCUUUUGUUUUCAGAAAUGGGCAGCAAUCAAAGAAAUCAUACACACUUUUUUUAAAAUUUAGGAGCAAUAAUUAACUGACAACUUCAGGGUCAGUCAAAAGAAAAAGAAAAAUUUUAAAGUGCCUUUUAAAAAGCUAGCUGGCUGGGUGACAAUAUAAGGAACGUUGUCUAAUCUCCACCUCUGAAAGAAGGCCAUUAUGAGGUUCCCCCUGGGGUCAGAUGAAAACCAGCAUGAUGUUCUAAUUAUUAGGAUGUAAUCCUAUAAUUCACGAACCCACAAUUCACUGUAUUUCAAUGGCCUAAAUGGGAAUAUAUUUCAUGGAGACUCACAAGGAAGUCAUUUCCUUGUAGUUGAAAUGCAAAGUGUGAUUAGAAACCAUAUUCCUGGAAUUCUCAAUGCCUUCUCCUCAACCCUACUGCUCCCCAUACCCACUCUAGCCUUGACCUUGAGACUUCAGGAAUUAAAUAGCCUUUUGACUUUUGCAGAGCUGUAACACAUCUUUUCAAUCAAAGGAGGGUUUCAUUUUUUGUUUUGUUUUGUGUUGAUUUCUAGCAAGAGUUAGUCAGUCAGCAAAGAAGAGUCUGAAACUCCAUUGGUGGGCGUCUGAGAAGUGUACCCUCAAAGAGGCAUCUGCCUGGGAGUUAUGGAGACCAAAAAGUAUCUCUCCAGCCCAGACCAGAACAGUCACAAUGAUGUGGAAGCAGGGGUUUGUGGAAGGAUUUGGGUACGUUGUUUUGUAGAAGUGGAAAUGAAGUGUCAUUCAGAGAAGAAUCAGCAUGUGUAUAAAAGGUGAACCAGUUGUUUCAUAAACAGAAUGAAUCCUAGAAUGUCAGAGCUGAAAUGAGACCAAACUCUUCAUUUUACAGAUGAGGAAACUGAGGCUCACAAAGGUUCAGUGACUUGUCCAAGUCAAAUAGUUACUAAGUAUAGGUAAUAAGCCAAGAGUCAAACCUGAGUCCUCUGAUAAAUCCAGUGCUUUUUCCAUUACAGAUAGACUUCGUACACAGCCAAGGAAAAACUCAGGAAGGGGACUAGGCACUUUAGUCCUAUUGAAAAAGUUCUCAAAACCUGUGGCUCAUGAGGACAUAGAAAUACCCCAACUUUCAAUCAGACAGCUCCUCUUUCUUAGCACCAUAUGCCCUAAUCAUUCAACAACUUCCAUUCAUGUGCAGGAUCACAGGCUAGCUAGGCUUUCAGAGAUGAGUGGCAUGAAGAAAUAAUCCAUUUGGGAUUUGUUCCCACCAAAUUGGAAGUGAGUAUCUUCCCAAAAUGUAAUCAUUAGUAAUGGUUCCCAUAAUACCAUCGAUUUUUUUAAAGUGUCAUUUCAGAGCUGGGAUUUUAACUGAACUUUCAAUUUCUAAAUGGUUACAGGGUAGGGUUGGGGGAAGUGGAGGGGUAGGACAGAAGAGGAGGUAUGGGGGAGGUUUGCUGUUGAUAUAGGAGGAUCAUUCCAAGCCCUUUGAGUAAUAUGAAUAAUAUGAGAGUGUUUAUGUAUAUAUUUCUUCUCUAGGGUCCAAGAUAAUCACAUCCAUCCAUUAUCAUCUGUUAGCCAAGGUGAGGUCAGGCCAGAUGUGCAAAAUAGAAGUAGGUCAGCAAGGAAUGCACUGACUGCAAUUUCAUAAGCAGGCCCAGGGCCCACCCAGCUCUAUAGCAUAACCUAGAAAGGACUAUAAGUUAACUUUCUGAACAUCUGCCUUCAUUACACAGUACUAGAAGAAGUCAGGAAAGCUUACAGUGAUAUUCUCUACCCUAUCCCAUUUUCCUUCUCUUUUCCUCCAGGCUGAGUAGAGAGUUAAAAUGGCCACUUAUACAAUAUAAUGUGAGGAGGACCUAUCUCUUCAAAAUAACUCUAAUCUCAAAUAGUUUACUGUAAUAUCUGAAAUUCCUACCAUUCACUGUUUUUGGUUCCAUGACAUAUAUUACCUAGGAAGAAUUUCACAUUAAAAUGCAAGAAUCUACUUUGACUUAGAUUAGCUAAGAAUCCAUGAUGUCACUGGGGAACAUGGAAUUUGUAACCCAGCAAUCCACCUGCCUCAGAUAUAGUAAUUAAGUCCUAAGGAACUGCCCAAAGCUCAUAAAGAUUAAGUGACUUGCCAAGGGUCAUAGGGCUACUAAGUCAGAAUUUCAUAAAGCUACUAAGUCAGGGAACUGGACGUAGGUUUUUCUGAUUCUAAGCCCAGAAUACAUUCCAAUAUAUUGCUUUUGUUAUUUGAUUAUGUCAAAUUAUACUCACAGACCUAAAAGGUCAUCUAAUCCUCAUGUUUUACAAAAGUAAAUUACUUUCUCAAUUUUGCCUAGAGCUAACCCUGCCCCUUCGAGAAUCAUAGAAUGUCAAUGCUGAAAGGGACCUCGGAACAGAAAAUAAUGUCAGAACUAGAAGGAAAUGUGGAACCUAGAAUGUCAGAAGUGAAAAGAACCUUAGAGAUAAUUUAGUCCAAACCCCUGCAGGAUUGAAAACUGAAGCCUAGAAAGGAUCCAUGACUUAUCUAAAGAGGAAGCCAGAGCCAAAAUCCAGAGCCCUUCCCUCCUAGCCUAGGGUUCUUGCCACAGCACCAUGUUGCCUUCUCCCCUUCUAGGAAUCUUUCAGGAUUUCUUUUGCCACAAGAGACAUGAGUGUUUGAGAACUUCUGGCAGAUUGUUUUCCCCUUUCCCAUUUCCAGAGCGAACUUCACCUUCUGCUUUUUAUGAACAUCAAUUUGGAAGCAGGGCCAGACAGUUCCUCUGCUAGCCACAGUGAUAUCAUUGAACACUGGAUCCCAGACACCAGCUGUCAUAUUUUGUAGGAAAGGAAACCUCUCUUGGUCUCCCAAGCUCUUGAGGUUGGAGAUAAUCAGACCCAUCCAACCGUUUUGUCUGCUGGCAGCACAGAACGGUACUUUUUCCCAGCCCUCAAGUGGUAGUGGUCCCUGCAAUAACAGUAGCAAACACUCCUCUUGUCCUUCAAUGUCCUGCCUAGUAUACCCCUUCUAGUGGUGGGGCUCAAGAUCUCACAACUGGGGCUAAAUGCCCUUCCUCAAAAGCCAUGCAGCACGGUUUUCCCUGAGCUGUGGUAGCUGUAUCCCAAAGCACACAGUAUUUGUACUGUGGGAAUGUGGAAUAAUCUCAUGAAGAAUUGACAGUGUUUGUUCUUCAAACGUGAAAUUAAAAAAAAAAAAACUUUGUGAAAAUGACCCUCCUCUAAAAAAAAAAUCAGUCAUCAAAUGAUGUAACAAUGAUGUCGCAUGAUGUCUCCAGUCAUUUGGAAUGGCUGGAGGUGGGGAAUGGGAAUUUAUAUACACUGUAGUGAUUGAAUCUGUAUUUUGUUAACAAGCUAUUGAACAGAGAAAAGUCUUCCAUCAGCCAUUUUGUAAAACCCAUCAGGACAUAUUAGAGUUAGCCUCUCUAUGUGAAAGAAGCAGAGGACAUACAAUUAUGAUCAGGAAAAUAUACAAAAUGAUUUUUUCAAAGCCCAUGUUGAAGUCCAGUUCCAAAUUCAUGUUGUAUAUAUUCUUAAUGCAUGCUUACCAUAUGUUAGAUGGAAGCAUUUCCUAUCCAAUGUGGAUAAAGAGAACAGUUGUAGUAAAUUAUUAUAAAGUCGGUGAUAUUUCACGGCAGGUACCAAGCUGUGCUUGUUUGUUGUCUCAUGAUUGUAUUGCUUUUUUUUUUAUAAAUGUACAAAUAUUACUAAAGGGACGAGAACCUAUUUUGCAUAGCAUUAAUUGGGAUGGCUCAUCCCAAUCUGCCUUCUACAAGUCAAGCUAGUUUGUGUGUAGCCUGGGACUUAGGGAUAUUAUUGUGUGCCACAUUUACAUACCAGCUUUAUGACCUAUUAAGUCAUAAUAGUGUGAACAGAUAAAUAGUAAACCUGGAAGGUAUUCUGGCUGGAAUUCACUACAUUAGAAAUCUUCCCAGAAUAAGCAUUAGUGAUCUCCUGUGCACAAGAUAGGAAAACAUAAACAUGCAGCACUUAGCACAGUGCCUGGCACAUAGUAAGUGCUUAAUAAAUGUUUAUUGAGUAAUUACUGAUUGAUUGACAUACUAACACUGCAGAUUUAAUAAAAAACUAAUGCCGUGUAAAUCAGGUUGAAUCAGUUCAUGUACUAUAUAUAGAGAUAUAUCCAAUAAAAUCCCAUUUAUCCAGAAUGGUUGGGGAACAGGUAUUCUGAUUAAUUGAACAUUCUAGUUAAACUGAAUGUUACUGUAUAUACCAUACAUGCAUUAUCAAUUUUCAAAGAAUUAGACUAUUAUAAAGUACACUUAACACUAACUAUGCUGAACAUAUUGCAUCCUUCUUUGGUUACUUACAUGGAAUUUCAGAAACUUUCAGUGCCUCAAGUUCAUUGUUAUCAACAUCCAUUAUCUUUGUACAAUACUGUAGGUGUAGAAGAUAUGGGAUAUUGGGUAGAAUCUGUACUAUGACAUUCUCUAGAAGUUGCUUUUUAAAAAUAAAUCCCAAAUGCCA